UUUUACUCUUAAUAGACGGUGUCACGUGUAACCUCUUAGCCUCACCAUCCGGAACUCCAGAGAGGAACUAUUUCAGAUAGAACUUUAUUCCAUUUCUUUGGAGCCCUCAGACAAGCUCAAGAUCCCAACAUCAUGACCUCCAUUUCUGCACAGAUGCUGGUAGUCCUCAUUUCACUGCUUUUGGUUUUGCCUGCUGUGGAAGCAGUAGAAGCUGGAGAUGCCAUUGCUCUCUUGUUAGGUGUAGUUCUCAGCAUUACAGGCAUUUGUGCUUGCUUAGGGGUUUAUGCAAGAAAGAGAAAUGGACAGAUAUGAUUUUUGCAAGGCUCCUCAGAAGUCAGUCUUCAUCCUGACACCCUCAAAACCUUUACUGAACAUUGAUCUCCAAAGUUCCUAGCAAACCUAAAUAGGAUGAUUUCACACUUGUAGUCCUUUCCCAUAAAGUGGGAACACAGAUUUGUUAGAUGUGGGGGAAAAAAUUAUAACAAAUAAUGCUUGAAAAAUACAGCCUAUAAUUUGUAUUUGCUGUUUAGAAAGAUCAAAGAAGAAAGAUGGCUUAAGUUUGUAUAAGUAAUAUUUCCUAAGCAUUCUCAAAGCAGAUGAAGUUGAAAGAAUGAAGCUUUGUUCCAGAAUCCAGCAAGUUACCAUGGUUCAGUUACAGUCACUGCCUCCUGAAUUGUUGAGGAACUCUUUACUCCAUGUUUGUAUUAGAUUGUUUUUUGUUUUAUCUGUUAAAGUUAAUAUUUUACUUACAUAUUGAAUAGCCAGAAAUUGAAACUUUUAAGUCUCUGGGAUGGGGAAGGGGAAAUUAAAAACAAAUGUAUUCAAUCUAUCUGUUACUAAAAUGGAUAAGAGAUUUAAUGUAAAAAACAAAAAAUACAAAAAAAAUCUAUAUUAAUAUCUCAAUGAUGAGAAGUAUUCUAUUAAAUAUAAGCCCAUUAUGUUAUAAGUUA